AUGAAAGCGAGGACGACCUGCGAGUGGACCGCUACACCAGCUGCAUCACCAAACGCGGCUGAGAACAACGUCGAGGGUGAGUGCGGCCUGAAGAAGCCGGGGCAGGUGAACGCGAAAAUUUGGGAGGUGCUGGCGAAGACUCCAGAUCAGUUCUGCACCAAUCUGGACACGGAAGAGAAGUGCAGGAACGAGGACAACAAUCCUGCGUUCAAGCCGAAGACCGGCGUUUGCUACUGGGACGCGGCGAACUUCGCCGGGCCAAAAUGCAAUUACGCGAUGGACGAAACAGCGGAUACCGGGGAGAAGCUGUGCGGCGUGAUCACGGAGGAGGCCGACUGCGUGAGUACGCCGGAGUACAUUGAGAAAAAUGGGGGCAGAUGCACCUGGAGGGAAGACGAUGUCGACGCCGUGGCGGGGGAACUUGAACUUCCACAUGUUGACAGCUCGCGGACAACUGGUCACUGCUUUUUCACGGACCUGAAGCUGGAAGUCGCUCGGGGCGCUCUCUACUGUACGGUGACGGGCUCGGACCUGGAAGCGCUGACGGAAGGAGCCGAUGGACAAGCGGAAGGAGCUUCUGAACAAUCGAAGGACAAUCAUCUUCCUCUUCCGACCUGCAGAAACUCACGCAGCUGUGCGAACGCGCGAAAAACGAGGACGAAGCUGGAGCUUCCCUUCUUGCCUCGGGUGGAAAAUUAUGCGCCCUGUCGGAAGUGGAAGAUGGGAAAAAAACCUGCGGUUUCCAGUCCGAAGCGUCAGCCCUGGUGUACGGGACGAGCGCUGCUCCGGUCAAUGCGAUGA